AUGGAUGGCAAAGACCUCAUCUCACCGUCCGACCUGCCGCCAUUCUAUGGCCAGCAGCAGCAGCAGCAGCAGCACCUCCGCAUGCUCGGCGGCACCGGCGGCGGCGGGGGGCAGCAUAGCCCCUCCUCGCUCGCCGGGAUGCACUCCGUCAUCCGCCCCAUGCCCAACAUGAGCAUGAGCCCCACCGCCAUCCUCCAGUCCAUCGGCGGCGGCGCCUCCUCCCUCGCCGGCAUGCAGUUCAACAUGGACAACACCACGUCCCCUUCCUCCAUGUUGCAGCACGCCGGCAACAUGGGCGGCUCUGUUUCUGGCUCGGGCACGACGAUGCCGGUGGCCAGCCCGCCGCCGGAGCCCGUCAAGCGGAAGCGGGGCAGGCCGCGCAAGUACGGGCCCGACGGCGCCAUGAAGCACCACAUGUCCUCGUCUUCCUCGUCGGCGCAUCAUCAGCAGCAGCAACAUCAGAUGAUGGGCGCGCCUCAGCAGAGGAUGGGGUCGAUGGCCGGGCAGGGCAUGGCGGGCGGGCUCGACGACGCGGCCCAGAAGAAGAAGCGCGGCCGACCGCCAGGCACCGGGAAGAAGCUCUCCUCACCCAGCAGUAAACCCUCCGGCAAUGCGUUCCCUGGUUCAGCUGGAACGAGCUUUACUCCCCACAUCAUCACAGCAUCUCCUUCAGAGGACGUCGCGGGGAAGAUCGCGGCAUUCGCGAGCCAGUCACCGAGGGCGGUGUGCGUGCUCUCAGCGAUGGGGUCCGUCUCCAGGGCCGUCCUGCGCCACCCGGCAGAUCAUCCUCCUUCCUACAAUAACCCUGCCAUUUACGAGGGAUUGUAUGAAAUCCUGAGUUUAUCCGGCUCUUACAAUCUGAACGAGGGCCAGCAAAAUCAAACCGACGGGAUCAGCGUCACGCUCUGCAGCCCGGAGAGGCAUGUCAUUGGAGGUGUCCUGGGUGGAGCAUUGGUGGCUGCCAGUACUGUGCAGGUGGUGCUAGGGACUUUUGUGCAAGGAGGAUCCAAAUCAAAGUCCAAGAAAGCCGCGAAACCACCGGCUUUCGGUCCCGACUCGCUCACCGGCGCUGGGCCAGAUGUGGUGUCGCCCAGCUCAGGACAUAACCAAAACCUAACGUCGCCGCCCUCCGUUGUAUCGACGGGAGGGUGGCCUAGCUCUGGGAUAUUUGACACACGAAGUUCCAACAUUGAUAUCAACUCUUCUAGAGGAUAG